GUGUGUGUGUUGGCCGCCGAGUGAGCCAGACGCGGGCUCAGUAUGAGACAGCCCCUCAGUUGGGACGCACGGCCAUGACGUUCCCUGUGUCCUGGUAGUUCGGCCCGUCUGGGUAAUGUGUCACGUCCCUGCCGUCAGGAGUACCUCACGUCGCCCCGUUGUUCCCAGGGUCAGCCCUUCGCCCGGCGCUGUGCCCGCCCUCACGCCCUAAUAGUGACCUCAGUGUGCAGUUUGCGGUGCUAAGUCCAGCGUGUCUAGUGAGUGUGCAGCCAACAGUGCAGUGAAUGUUGUCCGAGAGUCGCGGCGCCAUGUCAUCCUACAGGAGCCAGCGUCAGCACUGCUACCUGUGCGACCUGCCUCGCAUGCCCUGGGCCAUGCUGCACGACUUCUCAGAGGCCGUGUGUCGCGGCUGUGUCAACUACGAGGGCGCGGACAGGAUCGACCUGGUCAUCGAGACUGCCCGCCAGAUGAAGCGGGCCCACGGUAUCAAUGAGAGCCGUCAGGGACCCGCCAAAAGUCACCCCCGCGUGCCCAUGGAGGCCCAGAACGGCGCCCACCACAUCAAGCUGGAAGGCGGCAUCAAGAUGGAGCCCGGCUCACACUCACAGUCCAGCUCCCACUCCCACGGCCACCCUCACGGCCACCCGACUUCCCUGCCGCCGCCAGGCGCCCCCGUGCCCUUUGUGUCAGGGGACGUCCGCCAGCGAGCGCCACACAUGCUGGCCUUCCCCGCUGGACUGCCCCACCGCGAGGACCCUCACGCACCCUCCUUAGUGAGGCCGCCCGCCCAUCUCACCAGCCAUCCUGCAUCACACCCGCCCCUGCCGCCUCCACACUCCCGCCCGCCAGGAGCUCCGGGGUCCUCGUCAUCACAGGCUCAGAAGAGGUCCUUCGAGAGGGAUGAUGCCCAGAGCCCCAGUGAAGGCAAUGUGUCCAAGCGAGCCAUGCUGGAGGAGGGCCACCGGCCGCCCCUCACGCGAGGGGAGUCCCUGCCAGCCGCCCCUGUGGGCCCCAACACCAAACACCACCCCGUCCGAGUCUGGUCCUUCGACGGGUCGUCAAAGCCUCCGCCUGGUUAUGAGAUAGCGGCCCACAUCCGCCUCUCCCUGCUAGGCUUGGGUACGGGGGCACACCGACCCGGCGGCGGCGCGGCAGUCGGCACCAAGCUGAAGGCCUCCUCGGGGUGUGGGGAGGGUGCGAGCCUCCAGCGGGCCGCCGUCCGGGCCAGCAGCAGCAGCAGCCCGUGCGCCUUGCGGUCCGCCCCUGCCCGCCAGCAGCACCCUGACGCAGAGGGCCAGUCCAGUGGUUACCCCGGUCUGCCCGUGAGUGCCGCCGCGGUGGUGGCGGCGGCGGCGCAGCAGCAAGCACAGGCCGCAGCCAGCAGCCAGAGCCAGCAGGGCUCCUCCCAAGGGCCUGCCGCGAGCUCCUCCCCCGAGGGACCCAACUCCUCCACCAACGGGCCGUCCCCCAUGGCCGCCCUCCAGAGUGUGACAGACAACCUCCCGCCGGGAUCCCCUCUCAGCCACUCCUCCGCCUCCCCCCAGCAGCGCUCAGCCUCUAGGAACUCAUCCCAGCUGUCCCCCAGCUCAGGUGAGCCGCGGAGGAGAGCGUCUGCUGGCCGGCAUGGCGACUCCAGCGGCGACAGCAGCCCCGGGGCCCAGAGUGGCGGCGACGGUCCGCAGCCCAGUAACAACCUGAAGUGCACCAUUUGUACGGAGCGGCUGGAGGACACCCACUUCGUGCAGUGCCCCUCCGUCCUCCAACACAAGUUCUGCUUCCCCUGCUCCAGAGAGUCCAUCAAGCGGCAGGGCGCAGGCACCGAGGUGUACUGUCCCAGCGGCGAGCGGUGUCCCCUGGCCGGGUCGUCGGUGCCGUGGGCCUUCAUGCAGGGCGAGAUCGCCACUAUCCUGGGCACGGCCAACAUCCUGCCGCAGCACGCCCAGGACGAGGCCAAGACCAAGAAGGAGCGCGACACAUAGGCUGCGCCACGCCGAGCUCCUCUGGUUUUAGUUAAAAGGUUACCAGCGAUGCAUAGCUGGUGACUGUUUUGGGCGCCGGUCCACGUGUUAGCGUGGGCGUGGCGGUGCCGCGAGAGUAUGUCCAAAUGGUGCUGGAUCCGGUCCUUGCCAUGACUCUGUCCGCUGGUGGUGGUGAAGGUGGCGGUGGUGAUGGAGUGGUGGGGACGUAGUGGGGCUCCUACGGAACCCUAGGGCCCCACCACCAACUGUGUGUCGGGCCCGGCCUGUGGCCGCCCACCAAGGGAGGGGCAGAGUCAGCUAGUCCAGGAAGUCUACUUUAGUGACUGUUAACCAUUUGUGCGAACAUUCGAAGCAACAGUGAGUUGGGCCGCCCUUAGCGGUCCGUCAAGUCUCCUGCUGCGUCAGGAGUGAAGAUUUUCUGCCGCAACGCCGGCGGGAGGCGGCGGUGAUCCGCCGCCACCCUGGACCACCGGCGAUGGAGGCCCUCGGCCAGAGCAUUUGGGAGUGAUCUUUUGUAGGCCCGGGGAGAGCUGAGCGGGGCGAGCAGCGGCGCCCGCCCGCUGGAGACACUCGCCCUGCUUUCCGGGUCACUUGGCGCCAACAGCCACGUCCCAGCAGGCCUCGGCCUGGCCAAGCUCUGGCCGCAGCUGUCCGAUGUCACCGUCGGCGGCUGGUGCCGUCGACUCAAGACGUUGUCCCACACUUGGUCCAUUUUCUUGUGCUGAUUUCUUGACAGUUUUAUCUUCAAAGUUGGGCAGAAUUGUUAUUGUAAUCUCUUAGACUGUACAUAUUUCACCAUUGACAUUGACAGAGACAAGUGUGCACAGAUGCAGGAGUUACACACACACACACAAACACACACACACACACACACACACACACACACACACACACACACACACACACACACACACACACACACACACACACACACACACACACACACACACACACACACACCGAGCUGUACUCUCACACACCGCUCCCAGACCGUGUGACGUCGGCAAUGACCAAAGGCUUACCUUGUACAUUGAUUGAUAGGAAUAUAUUACUUUAGUGUAAUGUGAUAACACACUUAGCCUACUAGUCAUUUAUGAUACUGGGUAAUUUUGGUACAGUAUCACGAUUUGGAACUCCGUACUCGCUUUUGUAGAUUUAUAAAUGUUCCAAAUAUUCUCUUUACGGCAUCUGUCAGAUCUUCUCCACCAGACUAACACCGACCUUGGUUCACAAAAACAAACUCCGAUUAACACGCAGGUCAACUUCCUUCUCGUCCACCACGGCCCGAGGGAACCCUAAACACUUUUGAAGUUUUGCGUUGUCAGUGUUUCCACCCGCGUGUACGUAGUGUACGUAGAGGUCAGGGCGUGUGUGUGAGUGUGUGUGUGUGCGUGUGUGUGUCCCGCCACGCCACGCCAUGCCACGCCGCGGCUCGCCUCGCACGGAGCUCCUGGCACUCCCUGGCACAUAUUUGGCUCUCUGGCAGCGUAGCUGUUGUUUGGACCUGCCUGCUGCGGAAUGCGAACUGACGGAUGCUGCCUCCUCGCCUGGUUCCACACGCCCACCGUCUGCGGUAAACCUGAGUGACGGCGCGGCUGUGGGCGGCAGGGAGGAGCGGCGUCCGUUGCCGCGUCCCACGCUAAGCCAGGCUGAGUCAGGUAGAUUAGUAACCUUAAGGGACGUCCUCAAAGCCGGUGUGCUUAGAGAGAGAGAGAGAGAGAGAGAGAGAGAGAGAGAGAGAGAGAGGCUAUCCGGCUGGAGGUGGGCGUCCCUUCCUUUUGUUCAAAGUAGUGGUCAUGUUGACGCUCCAGCCAACCCUUAGCGAUUUUUUGACACUUUAGGAGGCGCGUCUUGCCGUGGCGGCGCGCGAGGCCCCGUCAGGAGCGGAGGACUUUUAGACAAACAAAAUAUUUCACUCCCGGCGUGGAGUUUUUUGGAGAAGUGACCAGAGUCUGUUUUGAUGUGCCAGAGAGCCCCGUUCGAGGCCCGCUCUUUCUCUGGUGCCGGCGAGGGUGCGGGAGGUGUCAGGUGAGGGAGAGAGGUGCGCCACAUGCCAACACGAACCACAAAGCACGUGGGAGGAGAAUACUGAACGUGCACCCUGCCACGCGUCCCGGCUCAACCCGCUCACCACUCACGGGAAAUGAAUCGUGUGUGUGUGUGUGUGUGUGUGUGUGGGUGUGAGAGGCGUUGUAGAGCGCGCCACCUGGGUGCGAAGAGAGAGAGAGAGAGAGAGAGAGAGAGAGAGAGAGAGAGAGAGAGAGAGAGAGAUAUGCGCCACAACAUCUGGUGUUCACGUUAAGAAAGGAUUAUGUUUUGACCUUGAGAGCAUCAUGAGCCGUGCAGGUCAGCGGAGGUCACGCUCGCCACUUAUUGUCUAAUCGGUUAUGACCUUCGUGUGGCGUCAGCGUUUCUUUGUCCUCUGCCACGACAUGAUGUUGUAACGCGUGGUGCGGAGUGUUCAGUGUUGAGAAUUGUGCCUCCCAGACCGGCGCGGCUCUGCUGCUCCAGUUUGUGUGUGUGUGUGUGUGUGUGUGUGUGUGUGUGUGUGUGUGUGUGUGUACUGGUGAGUGGGUGGGUGUGUUUUACAGAGGAUGUGCUCAUCAGGACAGCCCCCGCCAGCCCCUCCCGGCACACACUAUAUUUAGCUUUCCCAGCAACAGCGUGACCCUUCAGGCAACAGCAACAACAUCACCUCCUCGGAGAAACACUGCUGGCUCGGUGUCUAGCCGCCCGUCACCUGCUGCCGCCUCCGCUGCUUACCGUGUCCGUCAGCCGCUUGUCCGUGUCACCCGCCGUUGGCCUGUUUUCACCUCGUCAUGUCCUUGAUCCGUUGCCGCGUCGCGUCCGCGGCUGCCCUGCUCGUCUGUCGCCCCAGCACGCGUGAGCCCCGCCCCGCCGCCCCGCCGCCCCGGCCCGCUGGUCGGCGCCGACCGGCACCGGCCGCCCCGCGCACCCUCCGCCGGUUUUGUUGUUUUUGUUUGAGCGGCGCGGGGCGGGGCGAGGGCCGUGCCGGGGCGCCGCCCCGCGGGGCCGCAGCGGCCUCACUGUGUCAGGAGCGUCGCUCAGGUUUUUCUUUCUUGUUGUCUUUGUUGCCCCGCGGCAUUUUGUUGUAAGUAUUAAUGCUGAACGUGUUACUACUUGAACUACUCCUUCAAAGGUACAAAUGAAGUAGCUCGACGUAUUUUUGUAGAAGGGCUUUGUAACAUAACGACUGACCACCGGAGGCCACGCACGCCUCCAGGCACGAACACGACCUUAUUGUCCAUUAAUGUUGAAGCGGCGCAUUGCCCGGUUUUGUUAAUGAGUUGGCGUCCAGUUGAGGGAAUACGAAGGACAAGUUUUGAGCGAGUGACCCCAAGACGCUUCUGCCCCGCCCCGCCCCGCCCCGCACGGCGCACUCCCCGGGAGCCAGGUCGGUGCCGCCCCCGGGCCACUUUUCCGCCGCCGCUGCCGCCAGGAAGGCCGUUGGUCAGCGCCACGAGGAACACUCUGGUCACGACUCUUCGGGCCCCACACGGAGGUCACUGUCCUCUCCGCGAGGCCUCACCAGCGGCGGCCUUCACCGGACCGUCCUGCACCGACCACCCACAGGGGCGCUGACGCGGGGCGGGGCGGGCGAGGCGCGGGCGAGGCGGGGCGAGAGGGAGGCGGGUGUGGCAGGGACGGAGACGCCCGCCGGGGACACAUCGACCUAAGCUGUACAGUACUUUAGGCUGCCCGUUCAUGUAUGGGGUCAUACAUAUUGGUUUAUGUAUGAUUUUGAUGUACCUGCUUUUAAAUAUAUGAAUAUAAAUAUAAAUAUAAAUAUAUUAUAUAUAUACAAAUGUUGCCGCUGAGCGACCUUUAAUACCUGUUCAUAUGGAUGUUGUUGGUCUCUUCUCAUUGUAAAGGGUGUACAGUGAACACAAGCAUAGCAUAUAUAAAGAUUCUAUUACGUUCCGCAGCCACUCUCACUGCUGCUGGGUGAGUGUCGCCCCGGCCGCCACCCAGGCCCUGCGUGCCAUACCCGGAGCGCACCCAGUCCACCCUCCCAGUAAUAAACUUAUUGACAACUUCA